GCUUCCUAUUAUUAGUUUAUUUUGUUGUGUGUUUAAUUUACUUGUUAUAUAGGUGAAAGACGAGAAAAAAGUUAAUUUUCGUUGGUCAAAUGUCUAAGGAGCUAUUGGAAUUUCUUGCUGAAGAAGUGAGGAAAGGACACCGGCCAAAUAAUGCUUUCAAGACUAGCUCCUUCAUUGCUGCUGCAAAGAUGAUUUCUGAAAAGUUUCACACAUGUACUGCUGACCAUGUUGAGAAUCAUAUGAGGACAGUGAGAACUACUUGGGGAGUUAUCUCUCAAGUGCGAGGAAGAUCUGGGUUUGGUUGGGAUGAUAAUGUAAAGAUGGUGACUGCUUCACCAAAUGCUUAUGAAGCUUAUAUUCAGCAAUAUCCAUCUCAUGAGAAGUAUUUGAACAAGAAAAUUGACAUGUACGACGAGAUAUCAAUAGUGGCAGGCAAGGACAAUGCAAGGGGUAAUUUUUCCAAGAAGUUUGGUGACAUUCAAACUAAUUCAAGUGGGCAGCCAAGUACUAUUGAAGUCGAGCCUACUAAGUCAGACAGUGCAACUUCUUCGGAGCCUAGAUAUCAUAAGAUGAGAUCUCGAGCUGAAGAGGAAGGUGACUUGCGUCACAUUUCUACACAACUAGGAGAAGUAGUUAGUGGUCUCAAGAAGUUUUCGGACAAUCAACUUGAUGUCGAAAAUUUGUAUGGGGAGAUCAUGAAAAUGGAUGAUGUUGAUGAAGUUGUUCGUGUUGCUGCGUUUGACCACCUAGUUGAGCGUGAAAUGCUAGCUAGGGCCUUCUUGACCAAGAGUGAAGCUCUUAGGAAGCUUUGGAUCCAAAAUUUCGUUAAAUCUCUACGUUAAUUUUUUAUUUCUUUUGUUCUACCAACUUUGUGAUAAUAAUUAUAUGUCGAUAUGGACAAGUUUUAAUCC